GAUAUCUUUAGUCCGGCUCCAUCUGCUGGGAUGGCCUACAACUCGUCCGGGGGCGAGGGCGCCAACUACUACAGCGGCGGACAGCAGAACGACAACAACAACAACAACAACUACUAUCAGAUGCAACAACCGCAAGAGUAUGGGCAACAGCAACAAUACGGGCAACAGCAACAAUACGGGCAACAGCAACAGCAACAGAACGGGCAACAGCAACAAUAUGGGCAACAGCAACAGCAACAAUACGGACAACCUCCCCCUGGUCCUCCACCAGGACAGGGCUAUCCUCCUCAGAACUACAAUCAAGCAGAGCAGGGCUACGGUGGAGAGAAGCCCACGUUUGAUCAAACUUUCAAGAUCGAGAAGCCGAAAUGGAACGACCUCUGGGCUGGCAUCCUUGUUCCUUAUCGCAGUUUUCCUAGGCUUUGUAGCCGUCUCGGGCAUUGCUCUUCAUGGAUAUUCUACCACCAGGAAUAUCAGUGGUGGCGGCAUCUAUAACGGAACCCAUGCCGUCGGUCUCACCACAAAUACUCUUGUGUUGUUCAUAUUUUGCCUCUGCAUUGCCCUUGUAUUCAGUUAUGUCUACGUUUGGCUUGCGCGGCUGUUUCCCAAGGCCUUUAUCUGGAUCACCGGCAUCCUCAACAUUGUUUUCGGACUUGUGACCGCCAUCUACAUGCUCGCUCGUCACUAUUACUCUGGAGGAAUUGUCUUCUUAAUCUUCGUGGUGUUCCUCGCCUUCGCAUUCUACACGUGGAUCCCACGCAUUCCUUUCAGCGCGCUGAUGUUGAAAACAUCCGUCGACGUUUCCAAGACAUACGGUCAUGUCUAUCUAGUCAGCUUUCUCGGGGGUCUGUUGGCAACGGCUCUAGCGGCAUGGUACAGCGUCACUUUUGUGGCUAUUUACGCUCGGUUUGAGCCUGGUCAGAACUCAUCAUGCAACGCCAGCGGUGGAGGCUGCAGCUCAGCCAAAGUCACCGGGCUAAUCGCAUUCAUCACUUUUGCCAUGUACUGGAUAUCCGAGUGGCUGAAAAACACUAUUCAUACCACCAUUUCCGGUGUCUACGGGUCGUGGUAUUUCCAACCACACAAUCUACCCCAGGGCGCUACUCGUGGUGCACUGAAGCGGUCCUUGACCUACAGCUUCGGCAGCAUAAGCUUCGGCAGCUUGAUUGUGGCUAUUAUCAAUUUCCUACGACAGAUCUGUUCUAUUGCUCAGCGAAGCGAAGCUGGCCAAGGAAACAUCGUGGGAACCAUACUCUUCUGCGUCUUGGGAUGCAUCAUCGGCAUACUCGACUGGGCCGUUCAAUUCCUCAAUCGCUACGCCUUUUCAUACAUUGCGCUCUACGGAAAGGCUUACAUUCCAGCUGCCAAGGACACAUGGAGUAUGAUCAAGCAGCGGGGUGUUGAUGCUCUCAUCAACGAGUGCCUCAUUGGACCAGUACUGAGUAUGGGCGCGACCUUCGUAGGUUACGCAUGCGCGCUCAUGGCUUACCUCUACAUGAUUUUCACCAACCCAUCCUACAACUCAGAUGGAUCUUAUACCCCGGUCGUGGUUGCUUUUGCCUUCUUAAUUGGACUACAAAUCUGCAAUAUCUUUACAACGCCAAUCAGCAGUGGUAUUGAUACCAUCUUUGUGGCAACAGCCUGGGAGCCCCAAACUCUGUACAGCGAGCAUCCCGAGCUGUACCAAGAAAUGGUCAGAGUUUAUCCGCAGGUUCAGCAAGCUGUCCACCCUUAGAUCAUUCAACUGAGGAAUUAUUGAUUACUGAAUAGCCAGGAGCUGUAUCGCAGCCUAACAACUCGACUCAACUAUUAAAGAAUCCGAUUCAGCAGGUGGAUACAGUUCACACUG